UUAACCCUUCAAUUUCUAGCUAGAACCCUAGAUCCACGGUUGUGAGCACAAACUGGUAUGAUGGACUCUGCACUUUUUCUCCAUCGUGGUGCUCUCAACAUUCCUUCCACCACUAGCCGUGCAGCCGGAUUAGCAAGGCCUUAUUCUAGUUUCAGACCUUCUUCUCUUUCACUUUUUUCAAAGGCUUCCACAUACCCCACCCUAUCGCGACACACCUUCAAUAGUCCUGUGAUAUGUGCACUUAACAAGCAGCCCUCGCCACCUUCGCCGAAUUACGACAAAGACAAUGGUAAAAAAAUUGUGAUGGUGGGGGGUGCUUCUGAAGUUCUGGCUUGUGCCCCUGGAGUCAUCAACUACAACUUCAAUUUCAGUCCCACAGCCAUUGCCUGCAAGAAUAAUAGUUCUUCGUCCUCAACUGAAGAAGACCCACAGGUUGUCUUGCCUGCACCGAAAAAAGUGUUAGAUUCAUUUUUGAAGUUGAAUAGACAUAUAACCACACCCAAGAGUGGAUAUACACCGCAGCUGUCUAUUUUUGACUCUUUUCCGGACAUGCCAAGAGAGCACGACUAUGACAAUCUUGAGAUUGCAGUAGCGGAUUUAAUCAAGUCCGGAAUGUGCAGUGAGGCAGAGAGACAACUUAUUAAUCUAUACAACAAAACCUCUAAGAAAAAAGGGCCUCAUCAGGCAGAAGAUGUGGAGAUGGAAUUGGUACUAGUUCUCAUUUUCCAGGGAAAAUACAAAGAGGCUUCGGAACGUGGUUGUCUCAAGUGUGAACCCAUGAAUAGUUCGAAAGGUCUAGUUCAUUUUUACAAGGCUAUUAUCUACACCAUGUUGGGCGAUCAGGAUGAUAGAGCCAAGAAACACUGGGACAUAUUUUUAUUAUCCUUUAACAGUCCUAACUAGAAGCCCUCAGGUCAUGAAUCAAAAGCAAACUAGAGGCAUGAGAUAAAAGUUAUUUAUUGGAUAAUUGGUACCCUCAAAGUGCAUUCCCUACAGCUAGCCCAAACUUCCAUUAGUUUCCAUUCCCUAUGAAAUUGAUCGCAUGCAGAUUCUUUCCUUUGAAUAAUUGAUGAAUGUCGUUAAAAAUGUGUACUUCAAAUAUUUUGGUAGCUGGGAAUAUGUUAUAUCACU